GACUCUUGAUUUAUUUUAUUAUUUUUAGUCCCUUUUAAAUCCCUCUUUUUGGAUUUUUUUCAAACAAUAUGUGCCACAUUCAACAACUAACAAAGGAUAAGAAGAAAUUUUUUUUUUCCACUUUUUUGACUUAUUCUUAAAUAUCCAGUCUUGCUUGUGUUAGAAAUUUGUAGAACCAGUUGUGCUUUUCAUCAUUUUUUCUCAUCCACCAACAUUAAAGAUAGAAACUUUUUCUCCUUUCUUGCACACUCUCAGAAAUUAGACUUCUAAUUGCAACACAAAGGUGAACUAUUAUUUUUAUUUUCUGAAAGUUUAGUCCAUUUGGUGUGUUGGUUCUGUUGAUAUCACAAAUUAAGUUUAUUCAAGAUUUCAAAGUUUCUCUUCUUUUUUUUUCACUGUCUGAAAGUUCAGUCCAUUUGGUGCGUUGGGGUUGCGUUGAUAUCACAUAUUAAGUUUAUUUCAAGAUUUCAUCUUUUGAUCAAUGACUUAAAGAUUGAGUCUUUUUUCAUUCUCACUUCAAGAAAUGAAAACCAUUAUGGAUUUUGCAGUACUUGAAUUGCUUAUUUUGGUAUUAUCUAUGUUGUGUUUGAUGAUUUGUUCAUUAGGAUUUGAUCCUGUUGAUGACUAUCUCAUAAACUGUGGAUCAUUUGAAAAUACAACUAUAGGUGAUAGAGUUUUCUUGGCUGAUAAUUUGAAUUCCUCUAAAAGGGUAUUUGUUAAUACAACUCUAAAGUCCAUUCCAUCUACCUACAGUUCAUCACUUUAUCAAACUGCUAGAAUUCUCAAUGAGACUACCAAAUUCGCCUUUUCGAUCAAGAAACAAGGGCGCGUUUGGAUUCGCCUGUAUUUUCAUCCGUUUUCGGAUGAAAAUUUCAAUCUAAGUUCAGCUAAGUUCUCUUUUUCUGCUCAGAACUUCACUUUGAUCAAGAACUUUCAGCCAUUGAAUGUUUCUUCAGUAAAAGAGUACACUUUGAACAUUACUAGCAAUAGUCUUGUUCUUACGUUUACGCCUUUUCCUAGCUCGUUCGCAUUUGUAAACGCUUUAGAAAUCAUUUCACUUCCUGAUGAGCUCAUUCCUAUUAGUGCUGGAUCUCAUAAUCUGAGGGAACAAGCACUAGAAACCGUGGCACGGGUGAAUAUGGGGAAUAUUUCAGUAUUGCCUCGAAAUGAUACCUCGUGGCGAUCUUGGGAAUCCGAUGAAAGAUACUUAGCAAGCAGCAAUCUUGUACAGUUUGUGUCGAGGACACGAGCUGUGAAGUACAGUACACGAGGAGGGGUUUCUCGGAAUAUUGCCCCUCCAUCGGUGUACGGGACUGCCACAAGGAUCCUUUCGGACCCUGAUCCAAAUACUUCGGUAAAUGUCACGUGGUCGUUUGAUGUUGAUCCUGGCUUCGAUUAUUUCAUCAGGUUCCACUUUUGUGACAUAGUAAGUGGCUACAAGGAUCCGAACCUAGUAGGUAGCGAUGACCAUGAUCUGAUAUUCAAUGUUUUCGUCAAUUCCCAAUCGAGGUACCUUAUUGAUCUUAAAAACAAGACGUCAAACAUUGUUGGUUCUCCGUAUUACAUGGAUGUUGUCACAAGGUUAGAGAGCGUUCGCAGCAUUGGCAUUAGCAUUGGUCCAGUGGAUGUACGUAAUGCGUAUCCCGAGGGCCUCCUUAAUGGUCUCGAGAUUAUGAAAAUAAGUAAUGUCAAAGGCAGUCUUGAUGCUUCAGACGCUGAAUUUCAGUCCUCGGGGCCGACUUCAAAGAAGACUAGAACAUGGUUGAUUCUUGGAUCAACUAUUGGAGGAUCGAUAUUUUGCAUUGUUUUGGUUUUGGUGUCUAUUCUCCUCUGCAGAAGUAGAAUACGGGCAGCGGUUGAUGACUCAACAGAGGACAAAAAAGCGUCUAUCAUUUCCAAAUCGAAAAUGGGGUACCAGUUCCCUCUUGUAGCAGUUAAGGAAGCAACCAAUAAUUUCAGUGAAAUUAUGGUUAUAGGCUUUGGUGGUUUCGGAAAAGUUUACAAGGGAGUUUUGAGGGAUAACACGAAAGUGGCAGUGAAGAGAGGAUUUCAUCAAUCACAACAAGGACUUUCCGAGUUCAAGACUGAAGUCGAAAUGCUCUCUCAAUUUAGACAUCGACAUUUGGUCUCACUGAUCGGUUACUGCAAUGAAAAGGAGGAGAUGAUAAUUAUUUACGAGUAUAUGGAGAACGGAACUCUUAAAGAUCAUCUUCAUGGCUCGGACCUUCCGAAUUUGAAUUGGACACAAAGGCUUGAAAUUUGCAUUGGAUCAGCAAGAGGACUUCACUAUCUUCAUACGGGUUCUAAUAAGGCAAUUAUCCACCGUGAUGUCAAGUCUUCGAAUAUAUUGCUUGAUGAAAAUCUCCGGGCUAAAGUUUCUGAUUUUGGACUAUCAAAAACUGGUCCAGAAAUUGAUCAAACACAUGUUAGUACUGCAGUGAAAGGAAGUUUCGGAUAUCUUGAUCCGGAGUAUUUGACGAGGCAACAACUAACCGAUAAAUCUGAUGUCUAUUCCUUUGGUGUUGUAAUGUUUGAAGUCUUAUGUGGCAGGCCUGUUAUCGAUCCCACUCUUCCCAAGGAGUCAGUAAAUUUGGUUGAACGUGUGAUGAAAUGUCUAAGGACGGGAGAAUCAGAAGCAAUCGUUGAUCCUAGGAUUGCACCCGAGAUAACACCAGAGUCCUUGAUGAAGUUUAUAGAGACUGGUGAGAAAUGUUUGGCUGAAUAUGGUGCAGACCGACCGACUAUGGGAGAAGUUUUGUGGAACUUGGAAUAUGCAUUGAAACUUCAAGGGAAAGAUGAAAAAACAAAGCAAGAGAACGAGAUAUCGGACAAUCAGUUGGAUAACAGUGUCUUAAGUACAGAAUACAGCAUUGGGAGUAUGGCUGAUCUUGCUGGUGUUUCAAUGAGUAAGGUUUUUUGCCAAAUGGUAAAAUCUGAAGAUAAAGACUCACGUGAUAUAUGUUAGGAUAAAAUUCUGGUCCAUCUUACUCUGCCUAUAUAUGGAUUGUAUAUUUGUUUUCUCUUUUCUUUAGAUUAACAACAACAUACUCAGUUGAAUCCCACAGUGUGGGGUCUGGGGAUACUUGCAUUGGUUUGAUUGUUUUGAAUCGUGGUUAUACUAUAUAUACAUAUAUAGUUACUUAUAGGGGGUUUUGCCGAAUUGUUCACAAGCCUGUCAGAAGCAACUUAAGUGGCACGAUAGAGCAGUUCAAACGCGUGUGGUUGAGAAGUCUGAAUGUCGUCUCUCUAUUCAUCAUCAGAAAAUGCACAAUUUAAUGUCAUAAUGUAUUGCAUUCAUCAUUUUUGGCCA